AUGAUGAAACAAGAAACAACACAAGAUUUAAUGACAAAUUCUGCUACCGGUGUUAACCAAUUAGCCCAACAAAUGAGUCAACAUUUGAACGUUUGUCAGGAGAAACCAUCAUCCGCGGCCGCUGAUACGACGGUACAACAACAACCUAAAAAAAAUGCUGCUUCGGGAGCAAGAAGGCAAGAGAAACCGCCAUAUUCAUAUAUAGCAUUAAUUGUCAUGGCUAUCCAGAGUAGUCCAACUAAAAGGUUAACUUUGAGUGAAAUUUAUCAAUUCCUUCAGCAACGAUUUCCAUUCUUUCGAGGUACUUACAACGGCUGGAAAAACUCAGUUCGACAUAACUUAAGUUUAAAUGAAUGUUUCAUAAAGCUUCCUAAAGGCUUAGGAAGACCAGGUAAAGGCCAUUAUUGGAUGAUAGAUGAACGUAGUGAACAUAUGUUCGAAGAAGGCAGCUAUAGGAGAAGACCGCGAGGGUUUAGACGAAAAUGUCAAAUGAAGCCUCAGUAUUCUCAUCCACAUUUAACACCAAGUGGAUUUUAUACCGCUCCACCUUAUGAUCAAAGUUUAGUGUCAGCCGCAACUGCCGUCGGUCAGGACUAUCAAAAUUGUGGGGGCUACCCUCAGCAAAUGUAUCAGCCUUAUAAUGAUUAUCAAAGCCACGCUUAUGGACAAACAGCAGAUUCCUGGACGAGUACGCCUUUUUCAAUGGAUACUACGUUUGUGAAACAGUCAACCAGUCCGAUUCCCCAGCAAGAUCAGCAUAAUAUUUCUGCGACAUCUACUAUGUCCACUGGACAUCACACACCACCUAUGAUGGACCCAUUUUCAUACACUGGAGCAUAUUCCACGACAAAUCACGGUGCCCCAUCAUUGACACCAAAUGUGUCCUCCACGAUGCCUCUGUACAAAUCCUACGCAGCAAUGACACCUUCUCCUUCGCUGCCUUCGCCAUCCUCAACUUUGCCUACAACAUUACCAGGAGGUCCAGUCACUUUAACCUCCAGCAAUUCUAUGACACCGAUUAGUUCUUACUAUGAUCAUCCUGACAUUCCCACCUCACUUGACACAGACAUAGCGUCAUUUGCUGACGAUAUUUGCAUUCUUUCAAAACAUGAAAAUCCCACAACUGCUUCAGAGCAACUUCAACGUCACUUAACAUCAUUAGAAAAAUGGUACAAACUGUGGAGGCUAGAGAUCAAUGGCCAGAAAUCAUCCCACAUCACUUUUACACUCAAACACGAGACAUGUCCACCUGUAACUGUGAAUGAAAUAGAAGUACCUCAGGUCGAACACGUAAAGUAUCUGGACAUGCAUCUAGACCGCAAACUGAAUUGGAAAAUUCACAUGAAAAAGAAAAGACAACAGCUUGAGGAAAAGUUACGAGAACAUAUGGUUAAUGGGUAG